ACCCAUAAAAAAGGCCACAUCUGAUCAAGAACAGUGUAGCAAUGGCGGUCGCCCGGGAGCAGCACAUCCUCGACCAGGGCCUUCUCGAUGCCCAGCUCGAGCUCUGGCAUCACACCCUCGGCUAUGUCAAGUCCAUGGCGCUCAAGUCCGCCCUGGAACUCGGCAUCGCCGACGCCAUCCACCGCCAAGGCGGCGCCGCCACCCUCUCCCAGAUUGCCGCCACGGCCACGCUCCACCCGUCCAAGAUCUCCUGCCUGCGCCGCCUCAUGCGUGUGCUCACCGUCUCAGGCGUCUUCGGAGUAGAACACUCCGGGGACGGCGGCGUUGAAGGCGAGGCCGUCUACGCGCUGACGCCGGCGUCCCGUCUCCUCGUCGGCUCGGCCUCAGCGAACAUGGUCCACGUCACGAAGAUGCUCCUGCACCCCAUCAUCGUCUCCCCGUUCUCCGACCUCGGGACUUGGUUCCAGAACGAGCUGCCGGAGCCGGACCUCUUCAAGGUGAAGCAUGGGAAGACCUUCUGGGAGCUGGCCAACGAGGACCCUGCGUACAACGCAAUCGUCAACGACGGCAUGGUCUCCGACAGCAGCUUCCUCAUGGACAUCGCCAUCAGGGAGUGUGGGGACGUCUUCCAGGGGAUAGGCUCCCUGGUCGACGUUGCCGGGGGGCACGGUGGAGCGGCACAGGCCAUCUCGAAGGCGUUCCCGCACGUGAAGUGCAGCGGGAUGGACCUUGCCCACGUCGUUGCCGAGGCUCCGAGCGGUACCGACGUGGAGUUCAUCGCCGGCGACAUGUUUGAGAGCGUUCCGUCGGCCCAUGCUGUCUUCCUCAAGUGGGUCAUGCAUGAUUGGGGUGACGAGGACUGCAUCAAGAUACUGAAAAAUUGCAAGAAAGCCAUCGCGCCAAAAGACGUGGGAGGGAAGGUGAUAAUUGUCGACAUGGUGGUUGGUGCAGGGUCACGGGACCAGAAGCACAAAGAGACACAAGUCAUGUUCGACCUUUUCAUCAUGUUCGUCAAUGGUAUCGAGCGAGAUGAGCAGGAGUGGAAGAAGAUCAUCUUUGAGGCGGGAUUCAGCGACUACAAAAUCACGCCCGUUUUGGGUGUGAGAUCGAUCAUCGAGGUUUACCUGUGAACAUCUGGUCUUUGAUUGGUGAAGUACGUUUUUCUGGAGUGCCAGACUCCUAGUAAGUGUGGUCGCCAUAUUAAUUUCUAGCUCUUGGUGUUGUGUUCUGGAAAGGAGUGUGUGCUUCUCGGCUAAUAAAAAUAUGCUAUGAUACCCUCACUGUGGGAUGUCUAAAUUGUUGCCUUCUCAGAAAUACACAAGAAUAUAAGUAAAACUGA